AGUAACUCAUACCGGAACUGGAGAACUACAUACUGUGGUGCAACAAUCGCACAACUGAGGUAAUAAUGUUCACAUACGAUACUAGUUAUGAAGUAAAGAUUAAUAAUUGCAACCGUGUUGUCACAUUAGCUACUGCUGAUAAUGAAAUAUGCAAAUAACUUGAGUCUUAUCGCGAAUUUACUUAGGUUUAUCAGUAAGUAGGUAGUAGUGUAAUCUUGUACAAGCAGAGUACGCAGAGCUGUUCAGUUGUUGCACCGCUGCGAUAACGUUUGUACACAGACAUGGUUAGAGUGGCUGUGGUCACCGGCUCCAACAAGGGCAUCGGCUUCUCCACUGUCAAGGGACUACUGAAGAGGUUCGAUGGAGUAGUAUUCCUCACCUCUAGAGACGAUGGCAGAGGCAAGGCUGCUGUUGAUAAGCUAAAUGCCCUCGGCCUGCAUCCAGAGUAUCACAAGCUCGAUGUGACAGACCGGAACAGUGUGGCCAGGUUCAGGGACUAUGUGAGAGACAAAUAUGGCGGCAUCGACAUCCUGGUCAACAACGCAGCCAUCUGCAACUGCACGGACCUGUACCUCUCCUACGAGGAGAGCAAGAACAUCAUCGACAUCAACUACUUCAGCUUCUUUAUAAUCCAGGAGUACUUGUACCCGCUGGUCAGAAACAAUGGACGUAUCCUGAACAUUUCUAGUGACUGCGGACAUUUGUCUAAUGUGAGGAAUGAAUACUGGAUCAAGAGAUUGUCUAACAAAGAUUUAACAGCGAAGGAUAUUAAUGAGUUUGUGAACUGGCACCUGGAAGCAGUGCAGAGUGGUACCUUCAAUAGGGCUGAUUUUGCGGAUGAAGGGACGAUAGCAGCGUACAGGGUGGCGAAGGUGGCAGUCAGUGCUCUUACUAUCAUACAGCAGCGGGAGCUGUACGGGAGGAACAUCAGUGUGAACUCCAUGCACCCUGGGCUGGUGCGGACUGACAUGACGAAGGGAGUCGGCUUCCUGGACGCCGACCAAGCUGCAGAAACUCCUCUCUACAUGGUGCUGGACGCUCCCGCAAGUAUUAAAGGAGCCUACGUCUGGUACGAUAAACAAGUACUAGACUGGUAUGAUCCUAAAGCGGAUUGGUAUUUUAAAUCUAUAACAUUUUCACAAUAACUAUUGGGUCCAGUGCGUAUAUCAAACUUAUUGCUGCCAGCGCAGAAAUUUGUAAUUAAAUUAAUUAAUUUAACAUUUGAGUGAUUUUAACAAAGCUAAGCUGAAAUAUGUUUAUUAAAAAGUAAGUUUUACAUAAUUA